AUGGCCAUAAACAAUGCUACAGCAGUGUUUGAGUUUCUCCUUAUUGGACUCCCUAAUUAUUCUGAGUGGUGAGUCAUGUUUUUCACUUUGGUGCUAAUAACUUACCUCAGCACAUUGUUGGGGAAUGGACUUCUCAUCAUUCUUAUCCACAUUGAUCACACUCCAAUGUAUUUCUUCCUUAAUAACCUGUCUUUCUUAGACCUUUUCUGUGGAACAGUCUCCAUGCCCUAGGUCUUGUUGCAUUGUUUUUCUACACAUUCCUACCUCUCUUACACAAGAUGUUUGACCCAAAUGAGUAUCUCCUUGUUCUUGGUCACAGCAGAGUACCUUCUAUGGUCUGUGAUGACCUAUGACUAUGUGGUUGCUAUCAGAAAUACCCUCCAGUACUUUAUGGUCAUGAAUGGCCCAGUGUGUGUCUGGCUGGCUGCCACCUCAUAGAGGGCAUCUGUACUCACUGCCAUGCUCAUCUUAUCCCUGACUCUUUAUUUCUGUGGGGCUAAUGUCAUCAACCAUUUUCUCUGUGAGAUUCUCUGCCUCCUCAUUCUGGCUUGUUCUGAUACCAACCUCAAUGAACUUAUGAUCUUUAUCACAGGUAUCUUCACCCUGUUCCUACCCUUUGGGUUUGUUCUCCUCUCCUAUGUCCAAAUUGCCACUGUUGUCCUAAAGAUUCACUCAGCCCAGGGUAGGCUCAAGGCUUUGUCUACCCGUGGCUCUCAUUUGACUGUGGUGGCAAUCUUCUAUGGGGAAGCCAUCUCCAUGUAUAUGAAACAUCAAUUCAAGUCAUCCCCUGACCUAGACAAGUUUGUCUCAAUGUUUUAUGGAGCUUUGACAUCCAUUCUGAACCCUCUAGUAUAUAUCCUGCAGGACAAAUAUGUUAAAAAGACAAUGAGAAAAGUUAUGGUGAAAAGAGAAUAA